CUUCGGAAACCGCCGCCCCUGCCCUGCCCUGCCCUGCCCCGGCCGCUUUCAGUUUCGUUUCUGCCCCAAGCCGAGGAGGCAGCCAGGCGCCGCCGUAGCCAGAGGAGGCCCUUCUUCGCCGGCGCAACCAGGCAGCUCCAGUCCUCUCCUCCCACAAUGGCCGCCCCCGGUGGCCCCUCCCUCUCGGAGGCCCUCACCAGCAGCUUCCUGACUUGCACCAUCUGCCUGGAGCGCUUCUGCCAGCCCAAGAUCCUGCCCUGCCUGCACACCUACUGCUGCGCCUGCCUGGAGAGGCUGGAGGCCGGCCGCCAGGCGCUGCAGUGCCCCGAGUGCCGCCAGCGGGUCCCGCUCCCGGCCGGCGUGGGCAGCCUGCAGACCAACUUCUUCAUCAACGGCCUCCUGGACCUGCUGGCCCGCCCCGCCGCCGCCCCGGCCGCCCCGCCCACCUGCAGCCUCUGCCCGCUCCUCGGCCGGGGGGCCGGCCAGCCCGCCGCGUCCCGGUGCUUGGACUGCGCCGACGACAUGUGCCGGGCCUGCGCCCGCGGGCACCGCUGCUCCCGGCUGACCCACGCCCACUGCAUCGUCGCCAUGGAGGGCUACCUCUCCGGCCAGCACGACGAGGAGCUCCGCAAGCGGCAGGCCUCGCGCUGCAGGGAGCACCCGGGCGAGGAGCUGCGCUUCUUCUGCAGGCCCUGCGCCGCCGCCCUCUGCCGCGAGUGCCGCCUGGGCCCCCACCUGGAGCACCCCUGCCUCCCUCUGGCUCAGGCGGCCCAGGAGCGCCGGCCGCUCAUCGCGGGCCUCCUGGCGGGCGUGGAGGAGAAGGUGAGGCUCAUCGCCCGGAGCAGGGCCGGCCUGGAGGAGCGGCUGCAGCGGCUGGAGGGGCAGGAGGCCUCCAUCCGGGAGGCGGUGGAGCGGGCGGGCGCGGCGGCCCUGCAGCAGCUGCUGGCCCACCAGGAGGAGGUGCUGGGCCAGCUCUCGGCCUGCGUGGCGGAGCGGAGGAAGGCCUGCGGGGCGCUGCGGGCCGAGCUGGAGCUCCAGGAGCAGGUGGCCUCCAGCACCGUGGCCUUUGCCCAGAAGGUGCUGGGCCUGGGCCGGGAGGCGGAGGUCGUCUCCCUGGAGCAGAUGAUCUCCGAGAGGCUGAGGCAGCUGCGGGAUUUCUCUUGGGAGCCGCUCUCCUUCCGGCUGCCCCGGCUGGAGCUUCUGCAGAGCAGCUGCGGCAGCCUCUUCCGCCUGGAGUGCGACCAGGAGGAGGAGGAGGAGGAGGAGGAGGAGGAGGAAGCCACCAAAGGGACCAAGAAGAAGAAGAAGAAGAGGAAGCCACAGCCACAGCAGCCGCAGCAGCCGCCCUCCCCGAGAGAAGCUGGGGAGACCCCUGGGCAGGGGGCCCUGCUGGGUGAGGGGGGUCCUGGCCCUGCAGAAGCCCCCACAGCCCCUGCCAGGGAACCAGAAGCCCCCCGGCUCACCCCCAGGCCUCUCUUCUGGUGCAGCUUCUGGGUGAAGAUCCCCAGUGACAAGAAACGGCCCCAGGUCACCGGCAUCUGCCCCUUUGGCUCCGCUGAGCUCCUGGUGGCUGAUGCCAUGAACCGGAAACUCAAGCGCUUCUCGCUGCAGGGAGAGUUCAAGGGCACCAUCCCGGUGCCGGACAACGUGGCCCCCUUCAGCGUGGCUGCCGUGGGCAGCAAGGUGGCCUUCACGGCCGGGUCUCGGCUCUACCUCUUGAACGGGGAGGGGGGGCUGGUGUGGCAAAAGGCCCUCCAGCUGGGGCAGGCCAGCCACGCAGUGACCGCCCUGGAGGGUGGCCACGUGGUGGUGAGCGUGGCUGGGCGCUUGGAGGUCUACGACUUGGAGGGGCGGCUGGUGCAGAAAGUGGUGCCCGAAGGCGGCAGCCAGGAGCGGUGCCUGGUCUUCUUGGCCCGCUGGAAGGGGGGGCUGGUGGGUUCCGACUGGUACCGGCACAGCCUGGUCAUGCUGCAGCGGAGCGGGCAGCUGGUGGCCGAGUUGCGCCCGGAGCAGCUGAGCGGGUGCCAGCCGGGCGCCGUCUGUGCCGAUGCCGCAGGGACCGUCUACGUGGUGCUGCGGGAGGUUAACAAGGUGGCCGCCUUCUCCAAGGAUGGGGAGCAGCUGGGGCUCUUCCUCACCGCUGAGGACAACAUUGACCGGCCCCGGGUGGCCACCGUGACUCGGGAGGGGCGCUUUGCGGUGGCCCUCAGCAACGGGACUGUCCACAUCUUCAAGAUCAGGUAUCAGGGCAAGUGACUCUGUCUGGGGAAGGCUGUGUAGGCUGUCUCUGUGUGUGUGAGAGAGAGAGAUCCCAAGCAGCCGCCCCUGAGUGUAGUCGUGCCAGUGUGUCUGGGAGGAGCAUAACAAUGCCUCACAGCGGGGGGGGGGGGGUCUGAAGGCCGCACAUGGUCAGUGGGGGCAAACGGGAUUCUUUGUGGGCAUCAGGCCCAUGCAGUGGACUGGGGUGACAGCAGACUCUGGCCCCGCAAGGGCUGGCUGGCCCCAUAACCACACCCAGGCCUCCAGCUCUUGGGCCCAUUCAAGGCAAGUCAGCUGGAGACUUUGCAAGGGGGCCUGAACCUCGCCCCCCCCCCGGCCAAGGGACGAGACUGGGGGGGGGGAAGGCUGUGACUUGGGCCCAGCCCCCUCCCUGCUCCAACAGAGAACAGGCCCUAGGAAAGAACUCUGAGGGGUCUCUGAGGGCCAAGGUCGGCAGGGUGCGGGGAGAGAACCGGACCCUCAGGGAGGAGAAGGCCCCGAGCAGUGGGUGGCUGCUGGCCCAGCCUUCCUUCGCGCAGCUUCAGGCUGACUCCGCUGUGCCAAAAUGCCGAUGCGGCCCUUGAACGGCCGGCCACAUGCUCGGGGGGUGGGACGGGAUGGUUUUCUUUUAAGAAACGUCAACAAUCUUCAUGGCUAGACUGAGGAGCUCAAGGUGUCCUGUUCUUCCGACCCGCACGGUCCUCGUGUCCAUACUCCUCCCUGUCCAGGCUGGGAGGGUGGUUGGAGACGGGCCCCUCCCGGGCCUGGGAAAUGGGCCUCUGAGUUGCCCCCAAGGCUUGCUCCCCCCUUGGUGGCUCUUGCCCUCUGCUCCCCACCUGCCCUCUGCCCGCACCAGCUGGCUUCAUCGCUGGCCUUGCCCAUUUUGUCCAGGGGGAACUCCCGCCUCUUCCAGCCCAUGCCAGGCCUGGUGCAGUGGCUAGAGUGCUGGACUAGGACCGGGGAGACCCAGGUUCAAAUCCCCCUUCAGCCAUGAGACUUGCUGGGUGUCUCUGGGCCAGUCUCUUCUCUCUCAGCCUAACCUACUUCUCAGGGUUGUUGUGAGGAGAAACUUAAGUAUGUAGUACACUGCUCUGGGCUCCUUGGAGGCAGAGCAGGAUAUAAAAUGUAAAAUAAAUUUUAAAAAGCUGCUCCCCUUCCUAUGAUCCGUGCCUUUGUUACCUGGCACCUUGCAAGGUCCCCGUGCACCUCCUGGGCUCCUGGCCGGGCCCUCUCUGUGGCUGCCGCCUUCAGGGCUCUGGCCGAGGCUCCCUGUCACAGUAAGAGCCUCUCCACCUCUGCUUGCUUUUAGAAGGACCCUCCAGACGCAGCCGUUUUCUCAGGCUUUUAAUUUUGAAAUUAAUUUCAAACUGUUCAAUUUGUUUUUAUCCUGUGGAACUGAUUGAGCUUUUUAAUCUGUGGAAUUGUUACCAUUGUUUUUACUCUGUGUUAUAUUUGUUCUUUCCAAUUCCGUUCACUGCUCAGGGAUACACAUAUCAGGCUGUACGUAGAUAUGGCAGGUCAGCCAAGAUAUGGGGGGGGCUCUCCUUCCGCUCCUCCUGCUCCCCAGCCCCAGAGUCGCCUCCUCCUGGUGCCCUGGCCUUCCACACCCUGGCCCUGGGGCUGGCUGCCACCCCUGGACUCGGAGCUCUCCAUGGGGCUAGCUCCGCUGGGCAGUGACUUGGGCCUCCCUGCCUGCCUCCUCCCCGGGCCCUGCAGGCCAUGGGGUCUCUGUGGCGGGGGCUGGUCCCCACAUGCAGCUACAGGGAUCAUCCUGGUGGCCAAGUGGCGUGUGCGGGGCCUGAGAACCCGCCCUGUACUGGCUAUGGUUGGCCCACCACCUACCCUCCUCGUCAGGAGCAUCCUAAGGAGCUUCAGGGGCUGCCAAAAGAGGCACAGCUGCGUUUGCUCCUGUUGUGAACUACACCUGGUUUCGCACUCUGUACAUGCUCAGAGGGAAAGAGGCAAAGUCACAUCAUACACAAACUGAAUUGGUUCUUGGAGAUGGUGACCAUGUAGGAUCUGGGCGCGCAAACAGAGACAGAGAGAGACACACUCAGAAAGUUCAAUGGGCUUUAUUGUAAAAAAGUUGUUCAUCAGGACAAAUAAAAACAUGUUUCCGAUUCAA